AUGAAUGCCCACUCCAAGGAGAUGGUGCCCCUCAUGGGCAGAAGAACCACUGCACCCAGCGGGAACUCCGUUGUGCUGACAGAGAAGAGGCCAGCAGAUCUCACUCCCACCAAGAAGAGUGCACACUUCUUCCUGGAGAUAGAAGGAUUUGAGCCCAACCCCACAGUCACCAAGACCUCUCUUCCCAUCUUCUCCAAGCCGAUGGACUCCAACAUCCGACAGUGCAUGUCUGGCAACUGUGAUGACAUGGACUCCCCCCAGUCUCCUCAGGAUGAUGUGACAGAGACCCCAUCCAAUCCCAACAGUCCAAGCGUAAACCUGGCCAAAGAAGAACAGAGGCAGAAGAAGAAGAGGCUGAAGAAGCGCAUCUUCGCAGCCGUGUCUGAGGGCUGCGUGGGGGAGCUGCAGGAACUGCUACAAGAACUAGAGGAGCUCUGCAGACGGCGCCGUGGCCUGGACGUGUCUGAUUUCCUCAUGCACAAGCUGACAGCCUCAGACACCGGAAAGACCUGCCUGAUGAAGGCUUUGCUCAACAUCAACCCCAACACCAAAGAGAUUGUGCGGAUUCUGCUGGCCUUUGCCGAGGAGAACGGCAUCCUGGGCAGGUUCAUCAAUGCCGAGUACACAGAAGAGGCCUAUGAAGGGCAGACGGCGCUGAACAUCGCCAUUGAGCGGCGCCAGGGAGACAUCACAGCAGUGCUCAUAGCAGCAGGCGCUGACGUCAAUGCGCACGCUAAGGGUAUCUUCUUCAACCCUAAAAACCAGCAUGAAGGCUUCUAUUUUGGCGAGACACCCCUGGCCUUGGCAGCAUGUACCAACCAGCCCGAAAUCGUGCAGCUGCUGAUGGAGAAUGAGCAGACGGAUAUCACCUCCCAGGACUCUCGGGGAAACAACAUCCUGCACGCUCUGGUGACAGUGGCCGAGGACUUCAAGACCCAGAAUGACUUUGUUAAGCGCAUGUACGACAUGAUCCUGCUGAGGAGUGGCAACUGGGAGCUGGAGACCAUGCGCAACAAUGAUGGUCUCACGCCACUGCAGCUGGCUGCCAAGAUGGGCAAGGCUGAGAUUCUGAAGUACAUCCUCAGUCGUGAGAUCAAGGAGAAGCCUCUCCGGAGCCUGUCCAGGAAGUUCACGGACUGGGCAUAUGGGCCUGUGUCGUCUUCACUCUAUGACCUCACCAAUGUAGACACCACGACAGAUAACUCUGUGCUGGAAAUCAUCGUCUACAACACCAACAUUGACAACCGGCAUGAGAUGCUGACCCUGGAGCCCCUGCACACGCUGCUGCAUAUGAAGUGGAAGAAAUUCGCCAAGUACAUGUUCUUCCUGUCCUUCUGUUUCUAUUUCUUCUACAACAUCACCUUGACCCUCGUCUCUUACUACCGUCCCCGGGAGGACAAGGACCUCCCACACCCCUUGGCGCUGACACACAAGAUGAGUUGGCUGCAACUCCUAGGUAGGAUGUUUGUUCUUAUCUGGGCCACAUGCAUCUCCGUGAAAGAGGGCAUUGCCAUUUUCCUGCUGAGACCCUCUGAUCUACAGUCCAUCCUGUCAGAUGCCUGGUUUCAUUUUGUCUUUUUUGUCCAAGCUGUGCUUGUGAUACUGUCUGUCUUCUUGUACUUGUUUGCCUACAAAGAAUACCUCGCCUGCCUCGUGCUGGCCAUGGCCCUGGGCUGGGCGAACAUGCUCUACUACACGAGAGGUUUCCAGUCCAUGGGCAUGUACAGCGUCAUGAUCCAGAAGGUCAUCUUGCACGAUGUUCUGAAGUUCUUGUUUGUUUACAUCCUGUUCUUACUUGGAUUUGGAGUAGCACUGGCCUCGCUGAUUGAGAAGUGCUCCAAAGACAAAAAGGACUGCAGCUCUUAUGGCAGCUUCAGCGAUGCGGUGCUGGAGCUCUUCAAGCUCACCAUAGGUCUGGGCGACCUGAACAUCCAGCAGAACUCCACCUACCCCAUCCUCUUUCUCUUCCUACUCAUCACCUACGUCAUCCUCACCUUCGUCCUCCUCCUCAACAUGCUCAUUGCCCUGAUGGGCGAGACAGUGGAAAAUGUCUCCAAAGAGAGUGAGCGGAUCUGGCGCCUGCAGAGAGCCAGGACCAUCUUGGAGUUUGAGAAAAUGUUACCAGAAUGGCUGAGAAGCAGAUUCCGCAUGGGAGAGCUGUGCAAAGUAGCAGAUGAGGACUUCCGGCUGUGUCUGCGGAUCAACGAGGUGAAGUGGACUGAGUGGAAAACACACGUGUCCUUCCUUAAUGAAGAUCCAGGGCCCAUAAGGCGGACAGCAGAUGUGAACAAAAUCCAAGAUUCUUCCAGGAGCAAUAGCAAAACAACCCUCUAUGCUUUUGAUGAACUAGAGGAAUUUCCAGAAACGUCGGUGUAGAAGCCAUGGUUGGUCCUGAUGCUGCAGGCUGAGUCCUGGGGCUGAGGUGCUGUGCAGAAUGCUGGAUUAGAAGCAAGACCUUCCUCACAUCGAAUGGUGGCUGCUGAGGGGCAGCGGUCAGGGUCUGAAAGGAAAGCACCUUGGGUUUUGUGGCUUGAGGAAGGUCAGUAUUAAUUCUUGGCCAGCAGUCCUGAGUCUGGAAGUCUCCUGAAGUCCAGUGUGAGGUACCUGCAGGUUGGCUCGGCUCUAAGGCACAUGUGCUAGGGAAGGGAGGACCUGGAGUCUGAGGAGCGGGGCGAGUAGUCUAGUUCCUGGAAUGGUCCUAUUGUUGGACCAGCUCCAACCUAGACUUCUUUACUUCCCCAACUAUGACAACAUCUCUUGAAUUUGUGGCAGACUUUUGAUCCUGUACCAGAAUACGCAGAGGACCCGAGCUAAGUCAGAUCUGCUGGGGGAGGAGGGCAGUGAGCUAUAGAAAUGCCCAUCCAGAGACUCCAGAAAACAGGAAACCAGACUCCAUCCUUGGAAUGAAAUCCAAGGCUAAAACUGUCUCCAACCGAGAGAUGUUUUUAAUAGUGAAUUGACACACGGUUUUUAUUUUUAGUUCAGGAAAGACAUUUCAGUUUUGAAUGAAAAUUACUUCAGAUGAAGUAAGCAACUUUGAAAGCUGAGAACUAGAUUUUGGGCUUUUGGACAAGAUGUAAGUAUUAUAUACUAGAUCUCAGGGUAGCUAGAGUCAGGACAACAUAAAGCCUGCGGGAGACAGGCUGUGAUCUGGGGGGAGGGUUUGGCGAGCAUCCUCUUCCAGUCUCACCCCAUGCUGGCCUCACUGUAGCUGAGUCAGAAAUAGCAGCUGAUUUAUUUACAGGUCUUAAAACUCAGAGGUGAAACACGUCCGUGUCUCCCUUGCGGGGAUUCAGCAAGACACCUGAGCUGCCCCGCUAGCACACGUUUUUGUUAACUGUGAAUUUCGAAACUGUAGCAGAAGGCUUCUGAGGAAAGAAGGCCUGCCUGACUUGGGGCUUAUUUUCACAUCCUCAGCCUCAGAGUUUUCUUCUCCUUGAAAUUUCAGAGUCAGUUUGGAGCCUGGAAAAAUUUCCCAAUGACUGGAAAUGCGAUGCUACCCCCUUCCGGUAUUUAGUAAAAAGGGUUCAUAUGGAAAGGUUUGAGAUAGAAUUAUAGCAUUAGGAUGAUUUUUUUUAAAAAAUGUUAAAGGGAUCAUAAAUAAGUUGGGUCUUUAGAAAACUUGGCAUUGGUGAGCUAAUCUGACUGGAGACCCGAAAGCAGUUCUCUGCGGCAGGUUUCAACAUUCUGGAAGGUUCUGUGUCUCAGCUUAGCUGGGCAGAUGAGAAGCUGGGAUUCCAUCCUGCAUGACCAGGUGGGGGAGAGGUGGCGGAUGAUUACAGCACCAUAGACUGCCCAGCCAGCAGCAGCCACUGCCUGCUCAACUUCCGGGAUCUCUAGUGCUCAAAGAUCACACUCAGGGAGGGGAAGAUGACAAAGCAUGUUUGUGUCCCUGGAAAAGAGAAUAUUUGGGGGGGGGGACAUCAUGGGCAGAAGGAGCAGAUGUGCCCCUGAUGGUCAGGAAUAGUGAGAGAACAAGACUAACAUUGUGGUUCAGUUCGGUAAACAGCUGCUUCAGCUUUUGGGUGUGUUCAAGAAAUGGGCUGAGCACUUAUGGGGGAAGAUGUUGAAGAAGCAAUCAGGUAAAGUCAAGGUUCCUAAGUAUUCUACAAACCAGUAUUCUAUUGCUGGAGUCCCCCUGAGUCAUCUUGAACAUAUGUCUUUGUUGGAAGGGCAACCACUGGCUCUAGGGAGCUAGGAUCCCAGCUUCGCUUUGACUUGGAAGUUGGUAGAUAAAAUCACUGAGCUCUGCAUGCCCCACUUGGAGAGAAGGUGGCAGAAGUUGGGCAGAUAGAAAUAACCAGCUGGACCUUUGUCUUCUUACGUGUUGUGGAGAUCAGCUUUCUGUGGAUUUGGAUGGAAUUUGUUGGCAAACCAUUUCUGAACUAGAAAUUCGUCUAAAUGUGGGGUUCCCCAAAGGCUUUCAGCCCAGAGGGCCAAGCUAAGAAGGUUCACCAAACCAAGCUCAACAAAAAGUGUCCUGCUCAAAAGGUUCAAAUCCCUCACCAUACACCUGGGCACUCGGGCUCUGGAAUGAACAAAGACUUGUCUAAAGUCAUGUCAGAGCAGGUGAGGCUAGCAUGUCCUGAUACCUGGGCCACACAGGUAUCCUUCUGCACAGUUUUAAUCAUUGAGCGUUUUUGUAGUUGGCACAUUCAGGGGCUAGGUUUUUUUUUUUUUUCCACAUGACAUGGAAGUGAGCAUUGUCUUUACAAGUCUAAUGACAAGUCUGAAUGUCAAAUGUGCCUAAAGUCACAAAUAACAAAAUAACAACAAUGGCAACAGCAAUAUACACCACUGACUCUAUGGGCCUAUCAGGACAUCUUAAAACUCCAUGAUUUACAUUUCAGUAAUGUAGGGAGAAGAGCUUUUCCAGGUAUGGGAUCGAGCAUACUCAGACAGUAGGUGUAAACUCUGUUUUAGCUGAACAUUUCCCCAAGAAGAGUUCUGUA